CUCAAUUUUUCCACUUUGCCCCGCUUGCAGGACAGGAGGAGUUAAUGAGAUCUCAUAAUUACGGUAUACACUCUUAGGUACAGCGCAUUACAUACUGUGAUUCGGGCUUACCAUCUUGCUACUGCUGCUACUGCUACUACUACUGCUGCUUUGAUAAGCUGCCCUGGGCUGCUCAGUAUUGACGCCACACUCUUGAGCGGGUAUUUACCGCGCUAACUUACUCUAAACGGAUUGAGUUAUAUCAUUGUACGGCUAAGCUUUCACUGCUAACUCUCAGUCGCUUUUGGAUCACUAUUUUGCACUAUGAUUCAGAAUGACUCAUCGGGGGCACGGUCAAAGCGAAUUGAGCAUAUUUAAGACAGAAAGCUAAGUCACCUACCAGGUCAGGUUUCCAAGACUCAUAACCACACAUUUCGGCAACCACUAGCAUUUAAUCACAAUACUACUAGCAUUCACAAUGGCCGACAGCUCAAAUCACGCCAUCGUUUUCGGUGCCUCUGGCCUGAUUGGCUGGGCGAUUGUUAACCAGCUCCUGCGUAGUUACCCGCGUCUUAGCUCAUUCUUAAAGAUCACCGCUGUUACGAACCGCCCGCUCAAUACUUCCGAGUCUCUGUGGCCCACGGAUUCGGACCAGCCAGACCUACAGCUCGUCUCCGGUAUUGACCUAUGUAAGGGUGAUGGGGCCACAUUGGCAGAUUCUUUGAAGCAGGUGGUGAAAGAUAUCGAAUCUGUCACUCAUAUUUAUUACUUGGUGUUUCAAGCAGUCGAGGACGACAUUGAGGAGGUAGCGACCAACCGUCGUAUGUUUCAGAAUGUUGUCGAUGCCCACACUAUUCUCAGCCCCAACUUGCAAUUUGUAGCAUUUCCUGGUAGGACACGGGGAUAUGGAAUAUAUACCCCCGGAGGCACAUUUACCCCUCCAUUGGCCGAGGAUAUGGUCAAGAACCUGCCACCCGACUAUGCCAAGACGGUCGUAUAUCUGGUAUAUCGCGAGCUUCUGAGCGCUGCGAGCGAAGGAAAGCGAUGGACUUGGUACGAAGUCUGCCCUGAUGCCAUUAUUGGGUUUACCCCCAACGGUUCCCAGUUUAGCUUAGCCCUCCAUUGGGCUCAGUAUCUAUCCCUAUAUGCCUAUAAUCACGGUGUCGGACCAUUUGCAACGGAAGCUGCAACAAGUCCUGUUGAAGUACCUUUUCCUGGCAAUGCCGCUAGUGCCAACUCAUUAUUCUCUCCGGUAUCUAGCGCGACAAUCGCGCGUUUUAUGAUCUAUGCAUCGCUACACCUCGGAACUUGUGGUGGUGGCCAUCUAUUCAAUGUUGCCGACAAUGAGACACCGUGCAAAUAUGGCGAGAUUUGGCCGCAUUUAGCUAAAUGGUUUGGCCUAGUAGGCGUUGGGCCGGUCGCUGAGAAAGCAUCAGCUCCAGACAACUCUAUGGGGGUUGGCGAGCUUCCAGAAUCGACUUCACUCUUGUCACCUGGAGAAUAUGUGACCAAGUACAGGUCCAUUUUCAACCAAAACGGUCGCGAGAACGCUGCCACCAAAGGUGUUGGAGCUGGCCAUCGGCAAUUGGACAGCGUGGGCUACUGGCUGACGUUCGAUCGGCAACUAAGUGUGACAAAGUUGAGGGGGACCGGGUUCGAAGGAGACAAGGAUCCUGUUCAGGGUUGGCUGUCUGCCUUCGGGAUGUUCAGAAAGGCCGGACUAAUACUUUGAGCAAGUCCCGUCAUUUGCUCAUUCGAGAGAUCGGCGUCAAUCACGGGCCACUCGGCACCGCCGCGCUCCCUAGGCCCUACGGUUCAUCAUGCAACUUAAUUUAGAUAGCUUAGGAGCUAUUAGCACAGCACAUGCUGUGGCUGGAGGAGAUUCGCGAGGAUUCGUGAAGCUAUAUAGAAGUUAGAAUAGAUAGAAC